AAGAAAUCAGGGAGGAGUCUGGGCAGGUCUAGGAACUACUUGGCUGUACCUGAAGUCAGGUCAGAGAGACCCGCUGGAGGAAGAGGCUCGAGGAGGCAGGAGCUUUGAGCAGGUGAGAUGGCUGAGGAUUGCUAUACAGAGCUGGAACAGGCAAUCCAAGUCCUGGUGGUCAACUUUUACAAAUACGUACCCAAGCACAGCCUGGUUCGGAACAAGAUCAGCAAGAGCAGUUUCCGAAAAAUGCUGCAGAAAGAACUCAACCACAUGUUGACAGACACGGGAAACAGGAAGGCAGCUGACAAGCUCAUCCAGAACCUGGAUGCCAAUCAUGAUGGCCGCAUUAGCUUUGAUGAGUACUGGACCUUGAUAGGAGGGAUCACCAGCCCAAUUGCCAACCUCAUACGCCAGCAAGAACAGCAGACCUCUGGCUAGCAACCCCUUUUUUCUCCUCUCCCCUCCCCAUCACACCAAGGCAUUUUGGCCUUGGACUUCAAUAAUUUAGGCUCCAGUCUUCUUCCAGGUCCCAUUCUUUCCCACCUUUUCCUUUUCCCCAUCGACUCUUCUCAUUCCUAAUGAACUGGGAGUGGUUGAGAUAUCCAGGGGACCCCCAUGGGGAGUCUCAGAGUCCCUUCCCCUUUUGCCACUUUGUCCAUCUCCUCCUCUCCUUUCCCUACUCUGUUUUCAGCUGAAACAGUCUCUGGGUCUCCUCCUCCGGAGUUGCUCUGAGUUGGAGCCUUUGAAUACUUGAGGCAUCUUUGAUGUGAGCAGCAUCGAGUUAUUCCUAAACUCUGUCUCCAGUGAAGUGGGGACAAAGGAACAUCUGGUGGUGGGGGACUCCCUGCCCCUUGGUCCAUUAAAGACCCCAGCAGAGGCUUCUGCCUCCCUUCAUCUAACAUUCUGCAAUAAAAGCUGGAUUUGGAGUCUAAACCCCCUUCAUCCUUGUACCCCUGUGUCACUCAUUAAAUUUCCCCAUUUCCUUUUGGUUCAA